CCCAAAAAAAAGAAAAUAAGGAAUUUAUUCUAAACCCAAUAUCCUCGGAUUUUCCUUUUCUUUUAUCAUGUUAGAGGAACAGGUAAGACCAUGUUAGUAAUUCAAAGGAAAAUAAGGGGUAGAAAUAUAUAAGGCCUUGGAGCAUAACACUUCCUUUAUUCCUCCAUAAGAGGUAAAGUCCACACAGUUCUCCACAUCCACCAAGUUUCACAGAACCCAAGAACAAUGGAACAGAUGACAGGCCUUCUAUUCCUCUCCUUCUCUAGCCUUAUUCUACUGUCUUUUUCAGGAUCUGUCGAUGCUUACAAGAACUACACAGUGGGUGACUCCUUGGGUUGGUAUGACACCACUGUUAAGUCCAAUGUCAAUUACCAAAAAUGGGCUGAUGGCAAGAACUUCAGCUUGGGAGAUUUCCUCAUUUUCAACACGGAUAAUAACCAUUCAGUAGUUCAAACAUACAAUUUCACCACAUACAAGCUGUGUGAUUAUGACAAUUCCGUAGACAAUGUCACCGUAGAAUGGUCAUCCGCCAAUCCAUCCAACACUCUCACGCAGGGAGUCACGGUGGCAGUUCCUCUGCUCAAGGAAGGACCAACCUAUUUCUUCUCUGGGGAUUAUGAUGGGGAGCAAUGUGAUAACGGUCAGCAUUUCAAACUAACCGUGUCUCAUGGAAAAGGGUUGCCGGACAGUCUGAAAGACCCAUCCGAUCAGGCCCCGGCCCCAAAUGCUGCCGAUUAUGACUCGACGCCAGAUACUACUGUGCCCUUUGACUUAAAUAAUCCUCAUGAUCAGGACACUGAUGUUAAGAAGGAUUCUGGAUCUAUUUCAUUAUAUGGGAAAUUCCUAGACAUGAAAUUGCAUGGGAUUUUGCUUUUGUUAGGGAUUGUUUACUUGUUUUGAUCAGUUUUUUUUUUUUUUUUUAUUAUCCUUUUAAUUUCUUGGUUCAUAUUUUUAUACAUGACGGGUUUGUAUCUUCAGGAAGAAGGCUUUUCUUAUAUAACAGAGCAUUCAUAUGGUUAUGUAUA